AGGCCCGCGCGGGGCAUGCCGGGAGUAGUAGUCCAGCCCGGGGACACUGGCUCUGAGCGGUGUCUGGGCGGAGCGCGGCGCCCCCUGCGGUGCUGGGACGUGGAGCAGGAUGGCCCAGGGGACCCCUCCUGUGAUGUUGACCCCAGCUGGGCUCGCGUCCCUGCGGCGGGGUGGAGCCAGUGCUCCCCAGCAGGAGGGGGACAGCGGGCACCAGGCUAGUGGAGACGUAGGGCCGGAUGUGUGGCGGGAAGAGGCGCAUGGAGACACGGGGACGCUCUCAGAUCUGGGCAGCCGAAGGAAGGGGGACCACGGGAGCCAGGCCGUGGGGGAGGGGGAGCAGACCAGGGCCAGGGGACAGGCUGUCCCGGCGCGCCCCCGGCGUUACGGGUGCAGCGUGUGCGGCAAGGCCUUCUCGCAAAGUUCCACGCUGAUCGUGCAUCGGCGCUCGCACUCGGGCGAGCGCCCCUACGCCUGCGAGGAGUGUGGCCGGGCCUUCGCCCAGAGCUCGGGCCUGGCCAAGCACCGGCGGGUGCACACGGGCGAGCGCCCCCAUCCCUGCCCCGAGUGUGGCCGGCGCUUUGGCAAACGCUCCAACCUGGCAGUGCACCGGCGGGCCCACACCGGUGAGCGCCCCUUCCCCUGCCCCUCCUGCCCCAAGGCCUUCGCCCGGCGCGCCGACCUGGCUGUGCAUGGCCGCACCCACACCGGGGAGCGGCCCUACCGCUGCGCCGACUGCGGCAAGGGCUUCAGCACCGGCUCCAACCUGGCGCAGCACCGGCGCACGCACCAGCCUGAUCGGCCUUACCGCUGUGCCCAGUGUGGGAAGGGCUUCCCUGGCAGCUCGGAGCUGCUGCGCCACUGGCGCUCCCACACCGGGGAGCGGCCUUACCGCUGCGGCGUCUGCGGCCUGGCCUUCGCCCACAGCACAGUGCACCGGCGCCACCAGCGGGCCCACCUGGAGGAGUCACCCUACCGCUGCGGAGACUGCGGGCGCAGCUUCGCCCAGCGCUCCGACCUGGUGGUGCACAGCCGCACACACACCGGCGAGCGGCCCUACCGCUGCCCCGACUGCCCCAAGGCCUUUGCCCAGAGCUCCCACCUGGCCACCCACCGGCGCAGCCACACCGGCGAGCGCCCCUACCGCUGCCCCGACUGCCCCAAGGCCUUUGCCCAGAGCUCGGCCCUCACUGUGCACCGGCGCACCCACACCGGCGAACAGCCCUAUGCCUGCGCCGAAUGCGGCCGACGCUUCCACCGCAGCUCCAAUCUUAUCCGUCACCAGCGCACCCAUACGGCCGAGCGCCCCUUCGCCUGCCCGCAGUGCGGCCGACGCUUCCACCGUCGCUCCAACAUGGUGGUGCACCAGCGCACCCACGCCCGGGCCAAGGGGUGCUGCCCGCCGGCCACCGGGGAUGCUGCCCGCUGGGGGUCCUUGGAGACAGAGAGCCCUAGCCCUGUGCCCUCUGCCACGGGGACUACAUAGCCCUGUCCUGGCCCUAGAGCUAUGCUUGGACGCUGUGCUCUCCUCAGCCCGUGCCGGGCACAGCGCCCCCAAAAGGCCCUCAGUGAGGCGGGGCAGGCAGAAGGCUGGCACCAGCCUGGCAGGGAGAGUGCUCGGCACGGCCCCUUUGACCAGCCACGAGGCCCAGCUGCAGUAGCAGCAGUGAGACAAAGUCGGCCGGGAGCUCAGGGGCCGUGUUUGCACCUCGAGAGCAAUUAGCCGGGGAACUGCCCCCUCCAUUGCUGGGUGCCGUUACAGCCAGACUGUGCUGGGAGCCAGGCGCUAGCUCCACCACCAGAUAGGUGGUGGCCUCUGGGAUCUUUGCCAGCUCCCGGCUCUGGAGUUCAGGGCCCAGCUACCGCCAGGACGGGGACGAGGAUGGGCUGUGGGCUGCAGGCUGCAUGUGGGGAGGAGGAGAAGCUGGGGCUGGGUUCAGAUGGGCAGAUGCUUCUGUUUUGAAAUAAAGCAUUUGUACCCUUU